CCAAUCUAAGCUCCAAAGAUCUCUGAGAGCGAGCGGUAAUUCGGUAAUUAAGUCGAAGUCUAUGGGUCUUCUUGACAAGCUCUGGGACGACACUGUCGCCGGGCCACGGCCGGAGACGGGUCUCAGCAAGCUCCGGAAGCACUCCACCUUCGCCUACCGGCCGAGCUCCGGCAAAGAGGAGGCGAAAGAAGCGGGAACCGGGAAAUUGGAGGGCGAGGAGGCGCCAAGGGUGACGCGGAGUAUAAUGAUAAAAAGGCCGACGGGGUGCCCGUCGCCGGGGAACGGGACGCCGCCGCCGUCCCCCGGAGUAUCGACGCCUCCACUGUCUCCGUUUUCCGGAGGAGGAAGAGAAUGGAACCGGUUUAGAAGGAAAUCAUCGUCGGAUGCAUACGAGAAUAGAGGAGGAAUGGCUGGUGUCGGACCACGGAAUCCUGCUCCACCUUACGAGGUGUGAGCUCGACUGGGUUCCAACCCCGAUCCUUUCUUUUGAUGUCAGACCAGCGUCCACUCCGACCAACAAAGAGAGAGAACAACCAACGGCCGGAGAGUGAAAGACUAGAGAGAGGGACUGCUGCUUUCUUUAGCGUCUAUGACGUUGAAGAAGGAGUAUGUAAUUUAGAUGCGGGGUGGAUGGUGUUGGUUGGUGUAUUGAUGUAAAUAAUGAGGGAGGGGGCUAGGUGGGUGUUGUUUGUGUUGUGUUGUUUGUGUUUUGUAUGGGAGGGUGAGGGAGUAGUGUGAGAGUGGUGGGUUGAUGUGUUAUAAAUGUCACAAGCUGGAGCUUGUUGUAUC